AAUCCUAACAGGGGAUAUGGGGAAAAGGGUUUAAUGGAGAUGAGUGCAAGAUUUUUGAGGAGUGGGGAAUCCCCAACUCCAAGCAUAAGAAUUUUACCAAUAAAUGCAAAAAGUAUGUAAUUAUUUAAGCACCCAAACAAACAGAAAGCUGGAGAACCUCAACAGCUCCUCCGUCUAGAAUGCAGAGCACAUGGAGACGAAGCCAAAACCCCACAAAAUAAAUGCCAGCUUAGUCGAUCAUUCUCAUGGUUUGCAGAUCAAAAUAUUACCCAUGAAACCCAAAAUUUUCAUAGUGGGUCCCCACUCUCUGUUCAUUGAAUAACUUCGCUUUCAAUCCCAACGUCUCUCUCUCUCUAGCUCUCUCUCCCUCUCUCUCUCUCUCCUCAGAUUUCUGGAGUUCAAAGGUAUUUUCUCUUUCAAGAAUAACGCCAGAAACGGCCCCCUCUGUUCUUCUUUCUCUUCUUCUCCUUCUUCCUUGGCCUGUGUAAUUAAUUGUGCUUUUGGGGUUGGUCAUGUUGGUUUAGAGAUGGGUUCUUGUUCUUCAGUGCAGAGAAGCUCUGGUUCGGCCAUGAAACUGAGGCUGUCUUUUGGGUCUAAGAAGGAUAAGGUCGUGAUUCCAUCGCCCGUCAAGGAAAAUAAUCACCAGCCGAUCUCUGAAUCUGCUCUCAAAGGUCAGUGGUCGCCGGCGCGCCCUGUGACUACCACUUUCAGGGACUUGGAUAGUAAAGAGGAGAGCUUUUUCGAUUCUCAACCUUGGUUGGAGUCAGAUUGUGAAGAUGAUUUCUUCAGUGUCAAUGGUGAUUUUACCCCAUCUCGUGGCAGUACUCCUGUCCACCAGACCAUCUCCAAAGGAGCCCCUCAACUCAAUAAGACACUUUUUGAGGGCAUAGUACCUAAACCCAUACCCACACCAUUUCCAAAGGAAAAGAAGAAACUGGCGGAACUUUUCCGGCAGAGCAGUGGAGGUGACCUAGAUGCUGACAGAGAUAUUUUGGGCAAUCAAAAUAUGGGCAGCGGCAAGAAGGAAGUUCAGCCAAUUAUAACUGACCUCCAUCCAAAAUCAGCCGAUGGUACCCCAUAUGCAUCUGUAGCCAACUCUGUUAGCAGUAGUGAAAGAACAACCCCUAAUGGAUGUGCCAAGCCUGAGAAGGAUAGAUCAAUUAGGUCCAUGCAGUGUUGCCUACCGAGCUUGGUUUCAACCUGUAGCUAUACUGAGAGGAGGAAGAGGAUGAGCCCUGCCCAUAGCCGUGGAUGAGAAAGGCAUUUUGUGUUACCUCCGGUACAAUGUAGAUGGAAGAGCAAAUCCCACUUACCAGGGAUUACAUAUUCCCAAUUACGCACUGCCACAUACGUCGGUAAAAGGGAAAAAACUGUACAUGAGAAUCGAGUUUAGCACUCGUGAUAUAUUCAGAUUGAGGGCAUGUCUAAAUCAAUGCAGGAGGAGAUGCUCUACCUGCGAACUCUUAGGUUUAUGUUGUCUCUGUCAUCGUAUGAUCUAAGGUGCUGUACUUGAACUGCAUCUUCAAGUAAUGGUUUCUUUCCUGUGAAAA